CGCACAGAGCGUAGUGUUGAAACAUGCCGGCAGCGGCAACUAAGUAUGUGCGUAGUCCUUACAGCUGAUGAGAGUCUUCUUCACUGUCGAGAGAAAAAUGUGAGAUGCAGCUAUGAACAAAAGCCAGGCUGUGUGUAAUUACCUCGCGUGGCGCAGUAGUUUCUGCGGAGAAUAAUGAGCGCGUACUGUAGAGUAUUUAGCGGAGUAGUAGACUCCGUGGCAACACGACCACGCGCACCGCACGACAUAUACAUCAUCAACUCUAACUUCAGUGGUAAUUGCGUCUGUACUGUGUCGAGAGCGAGAUGAUCACAGAACUUGAAAGUCCCUCCGGACGCAAGACUACUGUGACAUCUAAAUUCGUUUUUAGAAUUUUUUAUAUAGCAGCUUCAUGAUGAGGAUGAGAUUCAUAUCGACACGCCAACAGUUUAUUGAUUCGACCACGUGCGGCGCUGCGUAGUUCGCUGUUGCCAUCGGUGCAUUUCCAGGCGACCUCUACGCAGGAGUGCCAAGGCGCAGUCGCCUUCAGCUCUGCAUCUCGAGGUGAUAUCGUUUCCUAGUGUGAAGUUGAUUCGACCUAGAGGUCGUUAACGUCUCCAUUGCCGUCGAUUCAUCGCCGACUUGAAGCAGAAGUGUUUCGCUGGGAUUCGAAUCGGACCGUGCGACACCUGCAAGAUCAACUCGAGCAACGAGGCCCGUCGAAGAAAAUGCUAAACGUCGACUUCUUUCUCCGCCGCUUCUUGCACUACUCGGAAGGCGUCCACAGGUCCGCCAGCCCUUCCACUUCUCAUGCAGAGAAGCGACCAGCACCAGAAGGAGGAGCGGGGAGUGGAGCAGUAUAUCCUCCCGCAGCUGCGUCAUUCGACGCCGACAACAUGAUGACGACAACAACGUCUCACGGAGAUAAUACUGCUGUAGGUGUACUAGCGCAUCAGCAAGAUCUCGCCGCCCCGCCGCCGGGAGGAUCAGAUUCCGGCUUCUUCACAGUAACCUUUCGCUCAGGUGGAGCUGCUGCUGCGCACAGCCCCCAGCCAUCCAAACCGUCCAGUAGUCCGCGCAUCUCGCAAGUGGCGCCGCUGGAGCUGCUGGAAGCCCAGCACGCGAUGACAGCGGCAGACGUGCAGUCUACUUCACGUGGUGUGGAUGGAGCUCCAUUAGCAUCUGCCGAAAUAUUAAACUCGAGAAAUCAACAAUCGGAGGGAGAUCAGAUUCCUGGUGGAGCACCAGGCGCAGCAUCUUCUACUGCAAGUACACGCAGGAGCAGCCUAGUGAAGAAGGGCACCGUUGGUUUGGAAGGCUCGUCCGAACAAACCAUGUUUGAAAAGUUCCAGUUUGCCAUGGCGAUCACAUCGGGGUCGUAUUUCAUGGUGGUUGCGAUCGGCACGAAGGACAUUUACUUGCUAGAAUUCGGCGCGGACGCGACCAUUCUCGGCACCUAUUGGAUCGUAUUGAAUUUCUGCGCACCGUUUUUGAACAUUUUGUUCGGGUCCCUGAUUCGCAUCUACGCGGAAAACAAGGCUGCAGGAGUUUCUUCAUCUUCUACAACAACUUCGGGCCGCGGAUUGUCAUCUUCCUCUAACUCUGUGGGUGGUGGGAUGAAUAAAGCGACUUCUUCUACUUCAACAGCCACGAAUGUUGAGAGCGGCCCAGCAGCACUCACGUCCACCAGCGCCGGCACGGCUGUCACAGGAGCCUUGUCUUCAGCUUCGCCAACUAAAAGUGCAACAACAUCAUCGAAGAAUAAAAAGCCGCCCUACUGGGGUCAGUUUGGGGGCUGGCUGUUGCUGGGCUGCAUUCUCGGGUCCUGUUCCAGUUGCGCCAUGUGGCUACCGGGCGUGCGACCCACAGCCUCCUCCGCGGACGACAAUCCACCGUUUUUCACCAUCGAGCUUUGGUUCUUCAUCACGGCGCUGUUCUGCUGGAGUUCGUUUCUCGUGCUGGUCCUGGUGUACGAAUCCUCCCGAGUGUGCCUAUACCCGUUUAAGGAAGAGAGAGUGACGGUGGAGGGGUUCACGAAACUGCUGUUCCUGGCCGUGAUUGUCCUGUUUCUGGGCAUUUACCUGACCUACACAUCGGCGCCCAGUGUGGGGUUACAAGUGUUCGUCGCGGUCUUGUCGUUUGUUCUCGGGAAUUUGUCUCUAGUCGCGCUGAAGAUGGUCCGAAGGGCGAGGCAGCCGGCGAAGAAAGUAACAAGGGAAAAGCGGAAUGAUCUUUGGAAAGAAGAAGGCAGCUGCGACAGGAGUAUAGAUGAUGGAAACAAAGAGAAUAACAAUAAACCGCCAGUACUAGCAUUAGACGUGGUUUCCCAACAGCAACAAAACGUCAGUUCCACACCGGCAGGCGAGUCUCAGGAUUUCACAACAACUCUGGAAGACCACACUGCGGAUCAGGACGAUGAUCGCGGGAAGAAAUCAAAGUCAGACUCCUCUUCUUCUGGACCAGAAGCUGAAAAAAUAAUAGAGCAUGGAGAUGAACUUGAACAUCAACUGCACGCACGGCCACAUAAAAACGUUAUCGUACAACCCACCGCCUCGACAAGUUCGACGACAAGUUUCUCUACUGCGAAGUUGGCGAUUCCGUUUUCCCUGUCUGCGAUUUUCGCGCAGGCGAGGCAAGACCUGCACGACUACUACAUCGCCUUUACCACGUACGACGCGAACUUUUGGAUUUGCCUCACCCGGUUCGCGACCGGUUGUUGGGAGGGCAGUCUGGCCGCGUGUGGGUUUUUCUACAUAACCUACGUGUGCGAACUGUCCCGCGCGGACCGGUUGGAGUGGGCGGGAUACAUAGCGGUCUCGACGUCGCUUGUGGAAUUGGUGUUGAUUCCGUUUUAUGAAUUGCAAAAGUAUCGUACUCGCACUAAUUGCAAACAUGCAUGACAAAAAAUCCUGUUUCUUAGCCAAAUCAACAUCACAAGCUCUAUUUUUCCUUCUGAAAAAAUUUCUAUUGCGAUUUGUACUGGUGCGAUGGUUUUGGAAUGCAUACGUUUUGGGUGAGAUUCUUCUCCGACGUGAAAAAAAGGAACGAACAAGUGCACACCAUGCAGAAGAUGAUCAGUGCAAUGCGAGGACUGGACGCGGUCUUUAUGAUGUUCUUCACGCUACUUGGUGGCUUCGUGUUGACCUCAACAUCUUCAAGCGGGUCAUCUUCCAACAGCUCUACUGCGGCCUCACCGGCCGCGUUCCUCUUCAUGGCGGUUGUCAGCAGGAUCUUGUUUUCGCCGUUCACCUACUGGAGGAUAUCGGCGCAGUGUAUCCACAGAAAUAAAGAACCGAUCCCGAUCCAUAUUUUGGCAUGCAUUUUGGCAUGGCAAACACUGAACUUGAUCCAUGUUUUGCAUGACAAAGUGGAAGGUUUUUGAUGUGGUGCAGCCGGGUACUAUGCAUGACAAAUUGGAUAGGGAUCAUGGGUUUUUUUCUAGGGACACAGUGCUGGUGCAUCGACGAACAUUCGCACAAAACCGGGAAGCGGGAGGAGGCUCUGUAGAGUUUUUUUUGGACGACGAGUACAGCAUGAGAGAUUUCAUUUUCGCAGCUGAUCCACUACUACAUUAGCAUGGCAAAUUCAACAUUAGUUUUAGUGCGUUCAUUUUACACUCGCAGCUGAAAAACAAAAAUUCUAAAUCCAGGUUUUACGCCCUGCACGCUUUUUGGUACGAAGUCGGGCGAGGUCUGAUAGGCUCCAUUUCUUUCUGGGGUAUGGGCUUCAUUGGCGGUUUGAAAACCCGAGACUGCUUGAAGGCUUGCACCGACGACGAUCUUGUCGCAGGACAAGUGGACGAAACGACGUGCCUGGACCAGUGCUACGACCUGAAUCUGAAGGAGCAACCGGAGUCGCUGAAGGUUAUGGAUGUGUCAGGAUCGAAAUCGUCAAAGUUGAAAUAGUUUGUCAUGCAGAAAGAGCAACGCAAAAAUUGUCUCUAUUGCAGAGGACGCAAGGGAGGCAGACUGUGACUGUAAGCCUGUUGCGGGGUAGAAGUUGAGCUGCUAAAGUAGUAUUACAAAAGGCGUCUUCCCUUACCCAAACAGCAUUACAAACUGACUUCAUGUCUACUGCGCCACUUGAAAACUAGGCGCCAACUGGUAUCCGUUUUGUGCAUCACAAAUUUCAACAAUCAACAUCAACUCUGACGAUUUCGAUCCUGACACUCCCAUAAAGGUGUACCUGAAAUUAAUGUACUUGGUCAUCUGCCCGCUCUUCGAGUUGCUCGCGAGUUACUGCAUUUGGAAGUUCCCGUAUGAGAGUGCACAACUCCCCCUCCCCCUCAUUCGUCAUGCAAAAUUCCAAAUCCACCCUUUGCCUGUUAGCGCUGCUUGCAUGAGAGAUUCCGGAAGUAGCCAAAACAGCACUACAAUCCCCUGGGAAUUUGUCAUGCAAAAGCUGCAUCUUUGCCAGCCGUUGUGAUGCUGUUCAUGCAACACAUAUGAGGGGGAGGGGGAGUUGUGCACUUUCAUAUCCCGAUUACCGGGGAGAGAUUGCUGCAACUGUACGAAAACCAAGGCAACCACUUUGUCAAGGUCGAUCUGCUAUGUUGAUUGCAAAAGUACUAAAGCGUACUGUGUGUACAAAUUGCAAUACAAAUUGGUUACAUGUUGAGCUUGUAAUGCGGAUUUACCUUAACAGUAACAAGAACAACUUGUAAUGCAUGAGCAUGAUUGGGAUAGGGAUUACGAGUGCGAUAGUAUUUGCAAUGCAUAUGUGAACGCGGAAUUGGAUUCGACUAGCUCGGAAAGGUGUAGUAUUUCGAAUGGAGUAGAAGGUCUUGCCCCUGCUGGUGCAGCUACCGAUGCUAAUGCAAAUACUGUUUCUACAACUGCGCAGAAAGAGGAAGUCGACGAAGUGGCGGUGGCAAGUUAAUAAGUAGAGCCGGACGCGGACACGUGCAAAAAUCAACACAGUCGACAGUCCCCUGGGGCUGCUGAUGUCAGCCUGAGAGGUAGAAGAAGGCGAUGAGGAUAAUUUGUGCUUGUCUGCUAUAUGUAAAGCUCCAUUGGCGUAGUUUCGUCGACGGAAAAAUUAGUCUCGUGCGUUCGACGUUCAUCUUGCGCCUCGACGUUUUAUUUGUCCUCACGAUGAAAAUUAUGGUUGCGAGGAUGAGGUCAUCUUUCUGCGCUCGUGCAAGUAGCACCCAAGAACAUCGAGAUUCUUCUACUUUGAAUCACGAGCUGCAACACGAAAGUCAAAUGUCGUGAAUGAAACCCAAGAAAGAGGGACGGGAUGAAAAGUAAAAGUUGACUGUUUAUACUGGCCAAGAAGGAAAACGAGAAGGACACCGCUCACGGGCAAGUCCGUAAGGUAAAAUAGUGAAGUAGAUCUAGAUACUUCUGCUGAGAUAUUAGAGCUUCAACUUUCCAUUGCCAUGAUUGGAAGAGCUGAAUUUGAUUUUGGACUGUUUCGAACAUUAUAGAAAGUGUUUUAGUCGAAGUAUCAAGUGCUUUUGCCUUAGUAUGGUCUUAUUGUCGCGGUCUCCAGUAGUAAUACUAGGAAAUCGGUACUACUCUUACUAUUUUUCACCCGCGUGCUAUUUUUUGCGGCUCUGGCACUUGGCAGUACGUAGGUCACUACUGCACGACGCUGAUCCCGCAGCAGCGAGUCGGCUUACAAGUUUUUCUAGUACACAUGCUGAGUUAUGAAAAGUAUUGUGCUUGAUAAGUACUCUUUCAGUUUGGUUCACUGAUAAAUUUCCAUCAUGAUGAUUUCACAUUUGUUUGCAGGACGACUCACUUGUUUGCAGGGCUGUGCAUCGCCAAACAAGAUAGAGAUAAAAGUCAAAGUUUUUCAAAGCAAGCAGCAGG